GAAACAAGAAUUUCUGUCGAAGAACCCACUAUGCAAGCAGGAAGUAGGAAGCGAAAGACGACGUCCGUCAUGGUGAUAUCUAAUCAUGUCAAAACUGUGAAAGGAAAUGUUUUACCCGAAAGCAUAGUUUGAUCAUUUGUAAUUGAAUGUCAAUUACAUUCGCGCCCCAAGCUUUUGCAAAUAGGUUGAACUGAGUGCUUGCUUCGAUCGAUGCAACAGGCUGCCUCACCUACGAAAUAAUGUACACGUCCCAAAGGAGGAAUAUGGAGCCAGAAAAUAACAUGGAGAAGCUUUUGGUGAACACACAACUAAACGGAAUAACAAAAUACGAUGGCGAUGCUGUGAAAAUCAACUUAGAGGGAGGGAGCGAUAAGCAGUCUGGAUCCGUGUUGACAGCCCACAAGGUCUGCUAUGAGAUAGCAGUAAAAGACAAGCCAUGUUGUGGUCGCAAUGUAAACAAGAGGAUACUUCAAGAUGUACAUGGUAUCUUCAAGCCAGGCAUGAAUGCCAUCCUGGGACCAACUGGAAGUGGGAAGACAUCAUUGCUGGACAUCCUGGCUGGGCGGAAGGACCCCCAGGGGCUGUCCGGUCAAGUGCUGAUCGAUGGCUCCCUGCCCCCCUCCAACUUCAAGUGCAUGGUGGGAUAUGUUGUACAGGAUGAUGUUGUGAUGGGAACCCUGACCGUGCGGGAAAACCUGCAGUUCUCAGCUGCUCUGCGCCUGUCCCGGUCUGUGUCUGUGAAGGAAAGGAAUGAAAGGAUAGACAAUGUCAUCCAGGAACUUGGCCUGUCGUCCUGUGCCAACACCAAGGUUGGUAAUGAAUUCAUGAGAGGGGUGUCAGGGGGUGAAAGACGUCGAACAAACAUCGGUAUGGAGCUGAUCAUCUCCCCUCCCGUGCUGUUCCUGGACGAACCAACCACAGGCCUGGAUGCUAGCACGGCUAACGCUGUCAUCCACAUGUUGAGGAGUAUAUCACAGAGAGGACGGACGAUCAUCUUCUCAAUCCAUCAGCCAAGGUACUCCAUCUUCAAGCAGUUUGAUCGGCUCCUGAUGCUGUCACAGGGGGAAACUGUCUACCAUGGCCAGGCCAGUGAAUCUCUCCUCUUCUUCCGGGAAAUGGGUUACAUCUGUGAGGAACACAACAACCCUCCUGACUUCUUCCUGGACGUCAUCAAUGGCGACGCCACAUGUGUGCUGCCAGUGGAGGACAAGGGAGUAGAAGAAGAGGUGACUGUCAACCAGACACUAGCUGAUGGCUUCAGAAAAUCCAGAUGGAAUAAAGAGUUGAUGAUGGAGGUGCAGCCAGUCUACGACCAGUUCAAGGAGGAGGCAAAGAACGGCGGUGUUGUCCGCAUGGAGAGAGUGGAGUACGCCACCUCAUUCCUACAACAGUUUGUUGUUGUAGCUGGCCGGACACUACGGAACAUUCUCAGGAAUCCACAUGCAGCCAUGAUGCAGGUAUUCAUGAUGCUGUUGUUUGCCAUCAUUGUUGGAGCUGUGUAUUUCCAGCUGGACACCUCUGCAGGCUCGGGAAUACAGAACAGAGUUGGAGCCUUUUUCUUCAUGGUGAUGAAUCAGAUAUUUGGUAACCUGUCAGCUGUAGAAAUAUUCCUUCGUGAGAGAUCUAUGUUCAUGCAUGAGAAUGUGAGCGGCUUCUACCGAGUGUCGUCAUUCUUCCUGGCCAAGGUGUUCUGCGAUCUUGUCCCCAUGAGACUGGUGCCUACGGCGGUCUUCAGCUCAGUCGUGUACUGGCUCAUUGGAUUUAAAAAUGGUGCAAGUCAUUUUUUUUUCUUCCUUCUGAACCUGUUCUUGACGACAUUGUCGGCCACGAGUCUGGCGUUUGCAAUCAGUGCCAGCAUCCAGGUCCGAGCUGUUGCCAACAUCCUCAUCUCACUCUGCUUUGUCUUUAUGAUGCUGUUCAGUGGGCUCCUCAUCAACCUGGGAUCUAUUGGGGAAUGGCUGACCUGGGCCAAGUGGAUCUCCAUCUUCAGAUUCAGCCUGGAUGCCCUAUGUAUCAAUGAGCUGAAGGAUCAAGUGUUCUGUGCUGAGGAGAUGGAGGGGAACACAACGCAAAUCUGUGUGACGGGCAACUCCUAUCUGGAGCAGCAGGAUAUCGCGUACCAGACAGGAUGGAACCUGUGGCAGAGAGAGGCUGCCCUCUUCAUCAUGUCCUGCAUCUUCCUCUUCCUCACCUAUGUCCAGCUACGCCGCAUCAAGAAACUCAAGUGAGGCCACGUCCCCUACCUGGUCCUCGUGUAUAGCCUGUCACUGAAGCUUGUGUGAGACACACAGUCAUCAAGUCAUGACUUGGCAGGACGAACACUCUCUCACUGUUGUACCUGCAGACAAAUGGUAGCACAUGGAUUUCAGUGACAACACUCUCUUGUUGCCAAAUACCCAAAGCGUAUGAUUCCAACACGUAAGGUUUGGAUUAUUCUCCUGGUGAAGUGUUUGACUGGACGACAUGAAGCAGUUGUGUCAUCAGCUGGGAUAUUUGGGAUCUGGCAGAUUGGCUGUCAGGGUUGUGUCAGUGUGAUGGACUGAAAGUUGGCUUGGGUUAAGAAGACCAAUAUAAGAGGAUUGACAUUUGCCAACGAACUGGGGAAACUAUGAGAUCCAGUGUCAAGUAGCAUCUGACCUUCCGAUUUCCAAUAAAAUUAAGCUGGAAAAUGGUGUACGAUAUGUAGAAAAUAUAUGACGGAAGUGGAAAAUUAUAACGAUGUGGAAAUGAAUGCAAUCUUGAUAUUCAGAGUGUGGACUUCCACUUGAAUUAACUUGUUUACUUGUGAUCUGGAUGUGACUUAUCAACUGUGAAGGAUCUAGUCAUUUGUCUACAAUCAUGUAUUUACCAGGUUGGAUUUUGGAACAAGAUCUGCACUUUCUUUCUUCCUGCAGGCACCCACGGUAGACAUUCAAAUACUGCAUUUCCUGGAAAUAUUUCUUCCUUUCUACACAACAGUGACACAGAAAUAUAUGUCGUCCUUGUCUGAUAUUUGUACAAAGUGUAUUUGUGUUUUGGUAUAUGGUACCAUGUGUCUAAGGCAACACUCUUUUUAUUUUUUUUGUUUACAGAUUUGACAGACCAGAACCAAAUAAAAUUAAAAGUAAUAUUAUUAGUAGCUACAGAAUACUUCUUCUCUGUUUUGACGAAUCCAUACUAAAAGUCAGCAAAAAUCUGUGAACAUAAAAAAGAAAAGUGUCCUAAAGUCUGUGUACUACAGAUAGGCAUUGGGUAUGUGAAAACCAGGGAUGCUUUGUAAAGUGACAGUAGCAUAUGGGGGGGGGGGGGUUGGAUAUUGCAUUAAGGACACUUUUAUAUAGCUUCUCUAUAUCCUCAGUCCAGUUAAUCAUGCAUUGUUCUUCAACAAUUUGGAAAGCUACUACAUUUAAGCACGAUACCACUCAGUAUUUUAGAUCCCAGAAGACAGAAAAAGUUAAGGGAGUUUAACAAUCUGUGCAGUAUAUGGCUUUAAUCCUUCUUGUUGAUGUGACACAUUUUAUGUACUGUUAAGAAACAAAAUAUACGAAAAUUGAAACUUUAAAGCUACGAAAGGUAGGUCAUAUUUUGUAGAUUCAUCUUCUUGUGAGUCUAAUAUUUAUCAAGAUAUGUAAAGGUUAUUAGUUUGUGUUAUUAUCUCAGGGAAAUAUACCUACCUCCCCAGUUGUUGUCUUGCUGUUAAUGGAGGUCACAUGUUUGUAAGAUUAUAGCAAGCAGCCAAUGGCACCUUUUUUCCAUGUGCUCCAGGAAUAGGUUUAAUGUCAUGACGUAAACACACUUGUACAAACAAAGGUGCUUCUUGGGGUUUAAAUGUAACAGUUCAUGAAAAAAACCGUGAUUUUAGGUUGAUAUAAAAUUGGUGUAAGUAUUGAAUCUAUUCAAAUAAUCUCACACAACAAAAUAUCAAGUCAUCAAUGCUACUUUAGAUCAUGUGCCUUAUAAAAAUAUACCUUGGCUUUGGUUCUGUUCGAAUACUUCUAUGGAAGAAGGAAAAUAUUCUAUUCUUAAGAGGUGUUAACUUGAAACAACAUCUUGAGUAGGUUCAUGAAGAUACCUGUUCAUGGACUUGUAUAAGGGGAUUGUUUGUCUCAGGAAUAUGUACAUAACUCUCCAGCUGCAGUUCUAGAUGAAGCAUCAACUUCACUGUCAAACUGCUGGGACGCUCACAGUUCAUGAAUUGCAGCUCUAGAUCAAGCAGGGGCAAUGGGAUAGCCUAGUGGUAAAGCAUUGGCUCGUCACGCUGAUUGGAUUCCUGACAUGGGUACAGUGUGUGAAGCCCAUUUUCCAGUGUCCCUCACCGUGAUAUUGCAGGAAUAUUGCUAAAAGCGGGGUAAAACCAUACUCACUCCCUCUAGAUGAAGCAUCAGCUGUUGGGACAUCCACAGUCCGACUGUAGGCGUAGCAGAUAAUUCAGUGUUAUAGUGCAGUGGAUGCAUCAACCAUCUGGAGCCUAUUUAUUUGACAAAGACUGGUAUAUGUCUGUUCUGACCCCCUUCCGUGUAACAAGACACCUGGUGAUGAUGCUAUGUGUGAUUUGAUGGUGUAAGUUGGCAAUACAAUACGUUAAAAUUGGACACUGGUCGUGUCAGAGAUGUUUUCCCCUCAUCAAAGGGACUUUGAGAGCAGAACAAAACCAUUCUCAACUAUUAUUGAAAAAGACGUUGAAUAUGAUAUUAACCAUUACAUGUUACACAAUAUUAUGAAAUAUGCUGCAAUUGAAACUAUUUGUGUGAGGUCAUGUGUAUGUCGAGGACUACAGGGAACGGCGGUUCCUGCAAUAUGCACCUAAGUUCUGGACACCUGUACUUUUAUGACAUGAAUCUUACAAUAGUACAUUAAAAUCCUGUUUACACUGUCGUUGGGCAGCCAAACUAAUGAUUGUGUCCAGUGAACAGUGGUCAGUCUAUAUGCUUCCUUUGUAAAAAGUGCCUAAAUAUGCAAUCUUGAUGAAAGUCUUUCAUUGUCACUGAAUUGUCACAUGGUUUGAAUGUUGAUCUCACAAACGGUUGUGUGAUUUAUUAUAAACCACCUGUAAUAGUCAAGGGUUGUUCCUUGAGCCAGCUGUCAAGCCUGGGGAUCUUCCCCUAAGUGAUGACUUAACGGGUAGUUACAUGUAACGGUUAUAUUCACCUCUGAUAGUAGUGGAUCUUGCAGAAUUGUGCAUGAAUUUAUGAGCAUGCUUGGCUUGGUAAAAGAUCUGUCAUGGUAGAUUGUAUAUACAUUACUGAUUCAUCAUGUUCACAUGUGAUUGUCAUGUUGACUAGUUAUGAUUACAACUGGGACGUCUUUAUCUGUUUAGAAUGGCGUCUGUUCCAGCUUGUAUGGAUGCAUGGACUCUGGUGGUGUAUUUAUCUAGCUGUCACUCUGCAUUGGUUCACACUGUGUUUUGUUGAAUAAUGUCUGCACAUACAUUAUCUUCAGCUUUAAUAAAUCAAAAUGGUCGAAGGUUGAAAGGUUGCUGCAGGGAAGAGAAAAUUCAGCUAAAUAGGAAAAGAAAAUGAAAUUCUUUUAAGACAAAGUCUGGGUGACUAACAAGACUGUUAUAAUUGAAUAGUACAAAAUUUAUUAUUCAUAUGCUGGCCAUAAAAUCGAUAUUACAGAUGAUCACACAGUUUGGGAACAGGUUAUAAACAGGGCACCGUCAUCUUAUCUUUGAUUGUUUAAAAUUGAAGCAGGGAUGUUAACUUAAGCAUUGUAGGAUAUUCAUAAUAAUAUACAGGUAUAUAUCGUGAACGUAAAUUGCUAUAAGCUGGAAAUAUUGGAAGCACAUGGAAUUCAUCAUGAAAUCCUUUACCACAAUAAUUGCAUAUAGCAUCUGUAAAAUCAAGCUCUCCAGAGAGUCUACAUCUGUUCCUUCUUAAAUCAUUGGAGCAACAUCUAAAUAUUGUAAGAGCUCUUCUUAAAUUUGAAGCUUGAAUAGAAAAUAAGUAUUUCUCAUGUUGUAAUGAAGGUUUUAUGUUCAAUAAAAUUCAAAUUUGGAGGAUUUGGAAAGAGAAGCAAACCAGUCUUGAGAAAACACGUAUCUCAGUCUUUGUGUAAAUGUAUUAAUGACUAGAUUAUGAUUGACAACUUCUUGCAUCAGCCACACAUUUCCAAGUCCAUAACUACACAAUAUGAAUCUACCCAGUUAUUAUAGCCUGAUUCAUGAUGUUAUGUAGAUAUGAAGAAUCAGGCUAAAAUAAUAGGGUAUAGUUUGUUUAGCAAUGGAUUUGGAAGUGUGUGGCUGAUGCAAGAAGUUGGUCAUUAUAAUCUGUUCCUUAAUACCAAGCCAUGGACACUAUAACAGUCUUCACCUCAUAGGAAACAAAAUUAAACUUUUGAGGGGGUAUCAUUUUCCUUGUGGUCACGGAUGCUUUUUGAGGGGUUUUGUUGAGUGCAACCUCACUCCAUUUUUCCUGUCUUUCCCAGUUGUGUUUUGCCUCUCCCAGUUGUGUUUCCGUCUCUCCCAGUGGUAUGCAUGUUACAGGAACACCAUGUUGAUGUGGAGUGCAUGUUCAGGGACCUUUGUUCAUGUGUACAUGGUGAUAAUGUCAAGGCUUCGAGGUGGUAUUAGUGCAUUUGAUAUUCAUCAUUUCAUGCAAUCGGUUACAAUAUCUUCUGUUGUGUAUCAGAAGAACUUAUGUAGUUCGAAAUUAAGUUUUUUCAGCAUAUUCCCAGUAUUUUGGUGUAUUGCUGUUUUGUCCUAUGUAGGAUGAAUCUCCUGUGUUCACCUGCCAUUCAGCUGUGUGUCCACACUAGUCCUAGGCAUUGUUUCACUGUCAUCUAUUUUUGUACUAGUGCCUAUGUGGACAUUGUUGCAUACAUGUAUGUCAAAUGACAUAUUCAUGAAUAAAAAUUUAAAAUUGGGAGAA